CACGAUCGAAAAGUCACUUUCGAGAGUUGAGAUUCUAUCAAAAGACACAUGGAAUUUUGAAAAACAACAAACGUGUGGAUUUUUAACAUCGUAUAACCGAGUGCCUGAAUUGCUUCUCCAAUUACAUUGUGAUAACAACAUCUGUGAAGAGUGUGCGAUCUCUCGCCAUCUUUGUUUUGAUAUCGAUUCUCUGUGCGCAAGAAGAUCGAUCGAUUGGCGAACGACCCGUCGAGAUGUUCGACUGAUUGAGCUCACUUCGAGUUGUGUUUUUAAUAUUCCAUCCAGUGGUUCCGAAGAGCUGUCCCAUCUCCACAACGCCGUGCAAAAAUGGGUCGGAAGAAGAUUCAAAUUUCGCGCAUCACGGACGAACGGAAUCGUCAGGUGACCUUCAACAAAAGGAAGUUUGGGGUAAUGAAGAAGGCAUACGAGCUGUCGGUACUGUGCGACUGCGAGAUCGCUCUGAUUAUCUUCAGUUCGAGUAACAAGCUGUAUCAGUAUGCGAGCACCGACAUGGACAAGGUUCUUCUCAAGUACACCGAGUACAACGAACCCCACGAGUCCCUCACCAACAAGAAUAUCAUCGAGGCACUCAACAAGAAGGAACAUAAGGGCGCCAUGUCCCCGGAAAGUCCGGAGCCUGACGCGAUCGAGUACAAUCUCACUCCGCGCACCGAAGCCAAAUACACGAAGAUCGACGAGGAGUUCCAACUGAUGAUGCAGAGGCACCAACAUAACGGCACUCGGGCAAUGGGACAAUCUAAUUACACUCUACCUGUAUCCGUACCAGUGAAUAGUUAUGGCGAAUCUCUACUUGGAUCUAGUCCUCAAAUGGCGCACACCAGCAUUUCUCCAAGACCGUCAUCUUCUGAAACAGACUCAGUGUAUCCACCAGGAGGGAUGUUGGAAAUGAGCAACGGUUAUCCACCAUCGGCAUCACCAUUAGGAGGUUCGCCUAGUCCAGGACCUUCGCCGUCACUAGGAGUCGGAGGAGGCAGUGCAAAUAAAGGCAGUAAUCCAUCUAGGCAUUCGCCACAACCUCCGCCACCUCCACCGCCGACUCAUCCUCACAGGACUAAUCUUCGAGUAGUUAUUCCAACACCCCUUACACAACCUCUCUCUGAAGACACUAGUUACGAUAGUGGCCAUGCACAAUCCGCAUUGAAUACACCUGUAGUAGCACUACAAACGCCAUCAGUUCCAGCCGGAUACUCUAGUUUCGGACCAACGGAUUAUUCCUCAGACCUCGGGAGCUUAGCAUGGUCUCAUCAGAGUGGUCUUCCUCAUCUAGCCGUAUCGAGCAGUACACCGCCGCCGGCUACGUCGCCAUUACCAGUGAAAAUAAAAAGUGAACCGAUCAGUCCACCCCGGGAUCCUCAUGGUGGCAAUAGUGGCUCGAGCAGCGGGCCGAGCAAUACCAGUAAUCUUCAUCACACAACUCUGAACGUUGGACCUUCGUCCAGUACCGGUGCACCUCCUCCACACCACGUACCUCACCCCGGACCACAAUCCUUGAAUCUUGUAUCGAGCAGACCGAGUAGUAAUCCACCGCCAUCUCACUCUGGAAGUAUAACACCGACGAAUCUUCCAUCGCCAGGUAGCGCUACGGUGGCAGAUAUUCGAACGAGUCACUCGAACGCCGGGGGAAAUGGUGGGAACAACUCAGACUAUGAGAACGGACCGCUGAUGAAGCGUUCCAGGAUCACCGAGGGCUGGGCGACUUAAUGUCAGUCGUAACAAUUAAUCGCUCGAUCGUUUCAUACCUCUACGUACAACGGCGUAUAGUGCUUUUGUGAGAAGUUCCGGGACUCGAAGUCUAAGACUCGUUAGUUAUUUACAUACGUUCGGCCAUGAUUCUUUUUUUUCUUGUGGUUGGGUGCGUGAGACGAAGAACGAUCCUCGCGGAGUCCGACUUGGCUGGACGGAGAACACAAAUUUGUUUAUAUUUUAAAGUCCACACACACACAUACACAUACAUACAUACACAUAGACACGUACAUGAACACACAAAAUACGUUUGUUUGACGAUUAAAUAACGGUGCCAUAAUGUUGAAGCGUUACACGUAUAUAUAUAUUAUAUUAUAUAUAUAUGAUGUAUACAUAUAUAUAUAUAUAUAUAUAUUUUCAUGUAUAUAAUACGAAAGUUGUUUGUAUAUAUGUCAUUAAUUCAUUGUCAUUUUCUUCGUGAUAUGGCAUAUUGUGUCUUUGAUACUUGUCGCUAUGGCGAAGGUUAUUCCUUUCGGAGUAGAGGAAGGAAAUGGCGGUACGUUUAGGAUGGAUAUUUAGAAAUGUGAACCGAAAGCAUGGCAUUUCGGAAGAUAAGUGCAUAGACAACCGAAUUUUUAAGAGCUUGCGAACGUCUAAUGAUUUUACGGUUUAGAGAUUUACAACUAAUUGUACUUUGUUACUUGUUUUUU